CGCAAACGCGUUGGGUAAGCUAAUGUCAACUGUUUUUUUACGAUGAUACUUGUUAAUCAAACCGCAAUUGCGGUUUUUAUGUUAACUUUCAUCAUUUGCGUCGGUUGCACGUCAUCGGAAUGUAUUCAACAGUCACCUUGUUCUUGCGUCUUCCCGGAUGGUACAGGAUACGACCUGUCAGAACUUGAAAAGGAAGGAUACCUGUCAACGGUAGAUGAUUCGAGAUAUCCUAAUUAUGUGUUCUACUUUCAUCCUUGUAAAGAUGUGCCAAUUAAAUUGGAUAACAAAACUACAGAGUGCAGCUCUCACUCCGGAGUUUCGUUGUGUAUGAAGAAGGAUGAUGUGUUCUUUAAUCUUGGUACCAGUAAAGAAGUCGAGAUGAAAUCGCAACCUUUGAUACAGUCUUUGGUAUUUCAUCAUAUGAAAAAUACUACCACGAUUAACUUUGUUUGUACUCAUGCGCACCUUUCUUCUUCUCUUCAAAUUGAUAUCUUAUAUUCAGAAAAAUCAGAAUAUCAUUUAGUACUGAGUUCAGCACAAGUCUGCCUAAAGCAAAUAUAUUCUAAAGGCCUUUCUACUGGAUCGCUAUUGGUCAUAUUGCUGUUUGUCUUUAGCGGUGUAUACUUCUUUGGAGGGGCAUUAAUUAAAAAAUGUUUAAGCGGAGCUACUGGAUGGGAAAUGGUGCCUAAUUAUGCUUUUUGGAUGGAUCUUCCAGCACUCGUCAAAGAUGGAUUCAGUUUUACAUUUAGUAGUUGUCGAAAUGACAGCUAUGAAGCAAUAUAAGGUAAUGAUAGUGAUAAUUAAAUAUGUAUAGCUGUGCAUAAAAGAUCUGUGAAUUAUAGCAAUUUGUAAUUACUGUUUGAAAGUAGCUUUACAUACUACUGAGUUUACUAUGAAUGUUACAUUAGUGCGCAAGGCCUUGAAGUAAAUGAAUGAUAAAGUAAAAGAAGGGAAAAACGAUUUGAGGAAACAAUAUGUGAGAAAAAUGGGCUACUUUGAAACGGACAGACAGCUUUACAAUUAUUGAGAGUCUAUUGUUUUUCCUCAUGUAUAUGGCCUCGAUACAUAUUCAAAAAUAUCACAAUCACAAAUGAAUACUUACUGGAUAUAAUUCCAGCACAAUAUUAUGCAUAGUAUCAUUUCUAUUCUGUAUCUCCAAACUCUCGUCCUCUUAUCUUAAAACAGAAAAUUUAGUUAGGACAGUAUUAGGUAAUUUGGUGUUCCAAUUUGCUCGAUGCCAACUAAACAGCCACCGAAUGUGUGCAUGAAAAUCUAUAUUUUUGUUUUGAAAUUUAUUAUUUUGAUAGUUACGCGCAAUAAUUGUUUAAUACAUAACGAAUCACUGCAUUUUUAUGUGGAUUCAUGAAAGAUUGCCCAUUUCAUUGAUCAGUCCUACAAAACUGAAGUUCAACAUAUAUAUCCAUUAAUAGAUUUUAAAAACGGUAGCUUAUAUAUAAUCUUUUUAGCAGGUUCACCUAGUGUGUGAACUUUGUUUAUAGCUACAAGUAUCAAACUGCUAUAUUUGAAUAUUUCUCUCAUUUAUUAUCAAUAAUCAUAAACUAUGUAAAGAUGUGAUAUUACAAUAACAUAUGUGUAUAUAUAUAUUUAUAUUUACAACUGUACACGUUUAUAAGAGAUGUUUACGGAUUUAUCUUUGGCCUUGAAUAUUUAUCGAGCCUUUUGAGUAUUUUUAUGUGACCUAUUUUUUAUAAACAACUUAAUGCACUAUACUUUGUGAAGAACGUAUACACCAAUGUUAUAUAACAUCUUUGUACAAUCCAAUAAAAAUCGUAUCCCAUGGA